UAUUAAAAGAGAGGGUUAACUUGUUAAUCAGUGCGUAAAGUUGCGCAGUUUCUCUCGAAGUAAGAUUUGCAGAGGUUGAAACAGUUCCAACAUUUCCAGAUGUUUAAUGUAUUACCUAUUCAAAAUGAAGUAUGUCUCAUAUCCAACACUCUGCGUUAAACGUGUUGAUAUGUCUGAUUCCCAUCAUGUCUUUUCAAGCUAAACUGACUGAAAGUCUAAUCCGUGAAAUGUGCAUGGAUGUCAUGCGUAUUUUCGUGGAUAAGGAUGAGAUGUGGUUGGAAUUUAGGAGGCAGAUAUCAGCUUCUUAAAUGUUGCAGACUUUGCUGCUGACACUUGAAACAAGCCAGCCCAGAAUUGUUAAAUAUAUCCGGCCACACAUAUUGUUCUAACUUGCCAUUAUAAGGAGAUCUCAGCCAACUUCAGUGCACCAGAGUGUGAGUGUUGGUCACUACCUGCUACAUCCAAACAAUAGAGAGUUCAACCAAGGGACACGGCCGUCUCUGGCCAAUCACCGGCUCAGAGCACUUCUUCUGACCCCUGACCUUUCGACACACACAAUGUUCAGACCAUACAUCAGUGUUGAGACCUCCGCGAGCCUUUUCUUCUCAUUUAAGAUUUACCCAGAGACAGCGCGGAAACAAAAACGGCGUUUAGGUGUGAAUCUGAGCCAUGAAUUUUCCCAAAAUUUAUUCCUAGAGACAGCUCCUCUGCAAUUCAUCACAGAAACACCCCUGUCAGGCCCUGUAGACGAAGCAGAUAUGAGCUGAAAUGCUAGCAUUGUGCAUGUAAUUUAGUACGUCUUUCAAUAUGUUUUGGCACUUAUGGUUUCUGCUCGAUAUUUAUGCCAAUAAUAUCACAAUGAAUGAGUUUGCAGUGCAGUUAAUCGUAAAUUAGAUAAACCUGUCAUACACACCGAAUUUAAACACGUCGGUAAAAGCUUUACAUAGUUGUUGGUAUAGUUUGUUUUACAUCUUUCACAUUUUUUCGCUUUUUUUUUUGUCUGCUUUAAAAAACAAUCUUGCAGAAAUGUUAAACCCCCCUCUUUGCAUCCUUUGCAUGUUCAGCCCUCCAUGCAGCACUCGCUGCAGACAUGGAAGCUGUGCAGAAGAUGGCGUUUGAUUCUGAUUGGCACCGAUUUUGCGCAGACUCCAAGAAGUCCAACUAGUUAAAUUACAGAUUUCAAGUCAUUUGAUUCGCGAAUAGAGGUCACUUCCAAUGUACUGAAAUUUUAAUUCGCCCGUUCACGUGACUUGUUGAAUAAUGAAUGCCCCGGGGUCAGAAAUAGAUCUGAAAAUCUGCCUUAUUUUCAUUUGAAGUGAUCCUCUGCAGGGUGCGAGUCAGAUCUCUUCUCCCCUGACAAAAGUCUGUCUGCUGGACACAGACCGUCAUGACCUAAAUCCAGCCAAGUAAAUUCAGGCCAUCGCACGGUCUCCGAGACACCUUGAACUGCCUUCGGUUCACCCGAGGAGGCCAUUGGCGGAGAGGCGUCACGUGACCACGGGGUGCCAAUGUUAUUCUACAAGGGUGUCAAGACCCUGUCAGUUUCUGAAAUAAAUAUUGGGAAACGGCGAGAUGCAAAAGGCAACCUACUACGACAGCUCCGCAAUUUACAGUGGCUACCCAUAUCAAAGCGCAAAUGGCUUCAGUUAUGAUGCCAAUCAGGUCCAAUAUCCCCGGGCCUCUCAUGUGGAAAGUGAGUACCAUCGACCUGCCUGCUCCCUGCAGUCUCCUGACGGCUCCGUGGCUCUGCAGAAGCCGGGGGAGAUGGCGGAGAGCUGCGACAGGACCACAGCCAUUCAGGCGUCGCAGUCUAAGGUUCAUCCCGAAAGCAAUCAACCGCAGGUGCCGGUGUCAGGCCCACCCCCUCCCUCACAGUCCCCCGGUGCUAUCAGCCAAAACACAAGCAACGGGUCCAACCAACCCAGUGCCAAGAACGGCUCCCCGACCUCUACUGCUCGCGGCAAACAGAUCUUCCCCUGGAUGAAGGAAUCCCGUCAGAACACCAAGCAGAAACCCACCAGUAGCUCCAGUUCAGUGGAGAGUUGUCCUGGAGACAAGAGUCCUCCAGGGUCAGCAGCAUCGAAGAGGGCCCGGACAGCUUACACCAGCGCCCAGCUAGUGGAGCUAGAGAAGGAGUUCCACUUUAACCGGUACCUUUGCAGACCCCGGAGGGUGGAGAUGGCCAACCUGCUCAACCUCACAGAAAGACAGAUCAAAAUCUGGUUCCAGAACCGCAGGAUGAAAUACAAGAAGGAUCAGAAAGGCGUCGGAAUGAUGCCUUCCCCUGGCGGACAGUCCCCUCGGAGUCCUGUGGGCCCGGCCUCCGGUGGUGGAGGAGGCGUAGGAUACCUCAACUCUAUGCAUUCUCUUGUAAACAGUGUACCUUAUGACUCCCAGUCGCCGACGUCUUACAAUAAACCUCAUCAAAAUGCAUACGGUAUGGCCACGUCAUAUCCCCCUCCCUUGAACAGCUCCCUCAACAACUGCCCGCCCUCCCAGAAGAGAUAUCCCGGGACCGACUCGGCCACGCCCGAGUAUGACGCGCAUCCUCUCCAAGGCAAUGGCAACUAUGGGACGCACAUGCAGGGCAGCCCUGUUUAUGUCGGCGGAGGUUACAUCGACUCAAUGCCUAAUUCUGGAACCUCUGUUUUCGGUCUGACCCAUCUCCCGCACCCGCCGUCCGCAAAUAUGGACUACAAUGGAGCAAUCACAAUGGGCAACAGUCAGCACCACGGAGUGUGUGAUCCGACACCGACGUACACAGACCUAACGCCGCACUACUCUCAGGGAAGAAUCCAGGAAGCGCCCAAACUGACGCAUCUGUAGCGGUGGCGCAGCCCGGAUCACUCCGCCCAUUGUCUUAUCCACCUCCAGACACAUUACUGCUUUGUUUCUGCGCCUCCUCACGGCUCCCACCUUCUCUCUGCCUUUGUUUAUGUUUCCUAUAGUUUGAUGUGUGAAGUAGCGUAGGAUAAAUAAUCAUGACUUGCUUGAAUUUUUCUCUAUUUGCUCGUGUCAUUGUCUCACAAAGACCUUUAUCUGGGCUGUAGGACGUCUAGAGCGGGAGGGAGGGGGGCACAGUAUAUUCAUAGGCCUAUUUAAUCUUUUUUUUUUUUUUCCAAAAAAAAUCUUGUUUUAAAAUUGAAACUCAAACAGGGUAUUAUGAACAUAUGUUAUUCAUUUUUAAUGUGAAUUUGUCCGUUUAUUUAUCCGCAGUUGAAGAAUUGUGUUAUUUUGCAUUUUGUUGCACUUGUGAAAGGAUCCUUCAAGAGCCACGACUUGGGAUUUAUGAGGGGAAUACAUUUUUCAAAAACAAGGGUCAUGAGCUUACACGCAACCCCCCUUGCUUGUGUUGUUCUAUUGGACUUUCUAAUGUUAUUUAUUUUGUUCGGUGUAAAGAUAAGAGUCCUUUAGUAUUAUUUGACACCUCUGCGAUCUUUGUGUGGGGAGAAGGUUGCUGGAAAAAAUUAGCGUCUCGACCCUUUUCCAGUCCAUACAUGUAGUCUGCAGAAGCUCCUCAGCAGCAGCAGCAGCAGCACACCACACCAUGUUGCUAUUAUGGGCUAUGUUUCCAAUUUUUCUUCUUCUUCGAGGAGGUGUUUCCUUUUCUCAGCGAAUGUAAAAUCAAUCAGUCAUGCAAUAAGGGUGGAAAGAAGGACACACGUUAGCAGUUUCUUUAUUGAAGAAUAAAAAAAAAAAAGAAACAAGACAUCAUCAAUUUUCUUUUCCGAUGUCACACAUUCCAUGCUGCUCCAGUUCGAAGAAAUAAAUAAAAGAAUUGAAAUAAUAAAUGCAGCAAAUCUUGUAGUUUUAAUUUGGACACACCAGAAGCAUUUCACGUGGUCACAAAAAUAAACACGACAGA